CUAGCUGUCUCCUCGAGCUGUCUGGCUGAUGCAGCUAAGAGACGCCACAGGAACACGAUACAGACGGGUUUUAGUGAAAUUCAGAAGAUGAAGGGGCUUCUGUCUUUGCUUGGCUGAUUUCGUCUGGUACAUCGCAUGAACAUUCGCUCUCUGUUCUGUUAUCAGUUCGGUUAUCAGUCCAUGCCAGGGUCUCAUGUUACAAGACGACGACGAGAGAGCUUGAUGAACAGAUCCGGGAAUUGGUCGCAAUGGUAGAUGCUAUAAGCAUGAUUAAUCUCAAUGGUCGAUAACCUUGUCACUUUAUCACCCCUGGCCAAGACGAUGCCGUCAAACUCUAAGUACUUGGUGUCGAUUGAAACACACUACCCAUGUCCAGCUGGAUUUGGGCUGUGUAUCCUUUCUCCCAUAGCCCACGCCCGGAUCUCCGUAUCCCGGUAUUCCUUGCUCUCGGCCGUGUUUCUUUGCUCCACAAUGUUGGAACGAACAUCUCCCUUUUCUUGUUCUUCUUGUCUCCCUCCCUCCCUUCUUUUUUUAGAUAUUUUUCUCUUUACCUCUACUCGCUCUGGUAGCGAUCCUUGGCGUCAAUCUGGAGUAGAUCGUGUUUCUUCUAAUUCCUUUCCUUCCAUCUUCCAUCUUCCAUUUCUUUUCUUCUGUGUUGAAAUUUGUUUUCUUGUGUUUAUAGUCGUCUGGACGGCUGAUACCACCACCGUUUUAUACUUGGUUCACCUGAGUAGUUAUCGGGCCACUUGCGGGCAUGCAGCUCUUACUCUAGGCUUCGUUUCUCAUUCGCUCCUUUUGCUCCCGCAGGACGAUAG